AUGCGCGUCUUUCGAGCAUCACGGUCACUGGCCACCGUCGUCGUCGUCGUCGUCGUGGCGGCCAUGCUCUCGUGCGUCCGCGCCGCGGGCGACACCUACCUCAUUGGCGUGGGCAAGGCCGACAUUACGGGCCCCGUCGUCGAGAUUCCGUUCCACGGGUACGCGGUCCUCAGCCAGGUCGGCACUGGUCUCCGCCAGCGCCUGUACGCGCGUUCGUUUAUCAUUGCCGACGCGGCCAACCCUGCCGACAAGUUCCUGUACAUUGUGGUCGACACGCAGGCGGGCGACACGGCGACGCGCCUCGGCGUCCUGGAGGGACUCAAGGCCCUGGGCGGCGACUAUGCUGGGUUCACACAGAAGAACGUUGCUGUCAUUGGCACACACAGCCACAGUGGGCCGGGCGGGUGGCACAACUACCUCCUGCACCAGAUCCCGGUGCUGGGUUUCAACAAGCAGUCGUACCAGGCAAUCGUGGACGGGUGUAUCCAGUCGGUCAAGAAUGCACAGGCGUCCUUGACCAAGGGGACGCUUACCGUGGGCACGGGCACCGUGCAGGACGGCAACAUCAACCGGUCGCAGUGGGCGUACCUCGCCAACCCGCAGGCCGAGCGCGACAGCUACGCCUCGAGCACAGACACGACCAUGACUGUCCUGGGCUUCAAGCGCAGCAGCGACGGCAAGAACAUGGGCAUGCUCACAUGGUACCCCGUCCACGGCACCUCGGCGUACAACAACAACACGUAUGUGACGGGCGACAAUAAAGGCGUGGCGGCGACCAUGACGGAGCAGGCGUACGCGCAGGAUGCCAACUCGGCGCCCGGGUUUGUGGCGGCGUACUCGCAGGCAAACGUCGGAGACACUUCGCCGCGCGUCCUGGGCCAGUGGUGCGACGACGGCUCGGGCCAGCAGUGCUCGCUCGAGGCGAGUACCUGCGCCGACGGGACGGUCACCAACUGCAAUGGCCGCGGACCGUUCUUUGAAAAGGGCGACCAGGGCUUGUCGUCCUGCUACGAGAUUGGCCGCAGGCAGCACGUCGCUGCCAAAUCCAUCUUUGACAGUCUGGCCACAAACGGGACCCCCUUGGUGGGAACGUCGGUCAACUCGUUCCACUUCUUCAACGACAUGCGCUACUUCCAGUUCCAGCUGCCCAACGGCACAGCCGUGCAGACUUGCCCUGCGGCGCUGGGAUACUCGUUUGCAGCGGGGACAUCGGACGGUCCCGGUGUGAGCGACUUUAAGCAAGGCGACGCGGGCCUGCCCAAUGCCCAGAACAAUGUGUUCUGGCAGGCCGUCUCCAACGUCAUCCAGACGCCCAGCGCCCAGCAGGUCGCGUGCCAGGGAGCCAAGCCGAUCCUUCUCGACGUCGGCGAGAUGAUGGCGCCGUACCCGUGGAUCCCGAACAUUGUCGACGUGCAGCUCCUGCGCGUCGGCCAGCUGGUCAUGAUCGUGUCGCCGGGCGAGGCGACGACCAUGACGGGACGGCGGUGGAAGGCAGCCGUGCACGACGCGGCCAAGACGUCCGGCGUGACCGGUACCGGCGUCGAGCCCAUUGUCGUCCUCGGCGGCCCGGCAAACUCGUACUCGGGCUACAUUGUCACCCCCGAGGAAUACGAGGUUCAGCGCUACGAGGGCGCCUCGACCAUGUACGGUAAAUGGACAGGACCGGCAUACAUGAACCUCACCGUCAGCAACAUCAACUACCUGGCGGCCGGGAACACUGGGUCGCCGUCGCAGACUCUUCUGCCACCCGAUAACCGCGGCGUCUCGCUGUCCUUUAUCGCUGGGGUGGUGUACGACAACCCGGCCCUGGGCAAGAGUUUUGGGCAAGUCCUCACCCAGCCUGCGGGGUCGUACGCGCGCGGCGCGACCGUCAAGGCCGUCUUCCAGGGCGCCAACCCGCGCAACAACCUGCGCUUGGGGGGAACGUUUGCCGCGGUCGACCAGCUCGUCAACGGCCAAUGGACGCAGGUGCGCUCCGACGCAGACUGGUUCCUCACGUACACGUGGACGCGGGUUGACGGCCUGCUGGGAUCGAGUACGGUGUCGCUGGCGUGGGAGACGGCCGGGGACGGCGCGCCGGCGGGCACGUACCGCCUGCACUAUUACGGCGAUUCGAAGACGCCCAUCACGGGCUCGAUCAAGGCGUUUGAGGGUGUCAGUAGCAGCUUUACGCUGGUUUAG